AAUAUCGUAUUUCAAGUCAUAUUAAUAUUCGAUAUAUUAAUUGAAUGUAAAAUAAUUGAUAUACAUAUUGUGUGCCUAUGAAUAUGCAAACAAUUGAUUUGAUUUGCGGAGUCUACGAUAGAAAUAUAUGCAAAUCAUCGUUAAUACAGAAAUUGAAUAAACAAUAUAAAUAUUAGUUAAUUGAAGCCAUGGAUAACCCAAACGUGGUGUUAGACGAGGACUAUCUGUCAGAGGAAGAGCCGGGAGAGACAAUCCGAUUGAGACCUUAUUUAGAUUGGAGAACGGAAGAGGAGCAGUCGUUCCCACGUGUGUCGAGUCAGGUCCCACUUUCUCCUAAGAUAUCGGAUGAAGACAUAGAGGAGGAGGAGACGGUGGAAAGGGGGAACUGGACGGGAAGGUUCGACUUCAUAUUAUCACUUCUCGGUUAUUCAGUUGGUUUAGGAAAUGUCUGGAGGUUUCCUUAUCUGUGUUAUAAUAACGGCGGCGGCGCAUUCCUGAUCCCAUUCAUAGCGAUGAUGCUGUUGGCUGGCUUUCCCCUUAUGUUUAUGGAGUUGGCGUUUGGCCAGUACGCCAGUCUUAGCCCAGUUGUCAUUUUUGAACGAUUUUGUCCACUGUUUGGCGGAAUUGGUUACGGAAUGGUGAUCGUCUCAGCGAUCGUUAUGCUCUACUAUAAUAUGAUCAUCGCGUGGACCAUAUUCUACAUGUUUGUCUCAUUCAAUAAACAGCUUCCGUGGGAGAGGUGUGACCCGGAGUGGCGGACACCCCUCUGCUACUCUCACAAGGAGAAGGACGAGUGCCGGAGUCGGUACCCGAACGGCACAUAUUUCAAUCAGACGUGUUUCCCGUCGUUGAACUCAUCUUUGCUCAAACUCUACGAACAGUCCAAACAUCUCGAGAAGAAGGGAUCGGCUGACGAGUACUUCACACACUAUGUGUUGGGUCAGUCGCCCGGCAUUGAGGACACGGGUACUAUUCGUUGGCCGUUAGCGCUGUCACUAUUGGCCGCCUGGACUAUAGUGUUCCUCUGCCUAUGCAAAGGCGUCCAAUCGUCAGGAAAAGUGGUUUAUUUUACCGCAUUAUUUCCUUACGUCGUUUUGGUUAUAUUAUUCAUAAGAGGCGUCACAUUGCCGGGUGCUAUGCAGGGCAUAGUCUUCUACUUGAAGCCUGACUGGAACCGGCUCUUCACACCACAGGUUUGGGGCGACGCCGCCGUUCAGGUGUUCUUCGCGUUGUCCCCGGCCUGGGGGGGACUCAUAACACUCGCCUCUUAUAAUAAAUUUCAUAAUAACUGCUAUAAAGAUUCAAUAGUAGUAUUACUGGCGAACGGAGGGACGAGUAUAUUCAGUGGAUUCGUUAUAUUCUCAAUAAUCGGUUAUUUAGCAAAAGAACUCGAAUUAGAGGUCGAAAAUGUUGUCGAUGAAGGGGUUGGCCUCGCAUUUAUGGUUUACCCCGAAGUGGUGGCCCGAUUGCCAUUUGCCCCGUUGUGGUCGUUCCUGUUUUUCUUUAUGUUACUGACAUUAGGAUUGGACAGUCAGUUCGCACUACUGGAGACCGUCCAGACGGCUAUUCUGGAUCGCAUGCCAUCGCUCCGGGAGCACAAAUUCUUCGUAUUACUUACGGUCUCGAUAUGUGGUUAUUUGGGAGGACUUAUAUUUUGCACCCAAAGCGGAGUUUUCUGGUUAACUCUGUUUGACAAAUAUGCGGCCAAUUUCUCGGUCCUCAUAAUAGCCAUAACUGAGUGUCUAAUCAUAUCCUGGUAUUACGGCGCCGAACGCUUCCUCAGAGAAAUCGAGAAAAUGAUUGGAACUCAUUCUCACGGCUGGAAAGUCAUGUGGACUUGGAUUUGGAAACUCUUCACUCCAUUGACUUUGUUUGGCAUUUUGGCAUUCAAUUGGAUCCAACAUAAGCCGGCGACCAGUGGGUCUUACAUAUACCCGACGUGGGCCAACAUGUUGGGCUGGUUUAUAGCUUUCCUGCCGACAAUCACAAUCAUAGCGAUGAUGAUCCACACCUUCCUCUCAUUCAAAUCAAAGGGAACUCUAUUUCAGAGGCUGUCAGCGUUGAUGCAACCGAUGGAGAGUUGGGGUCCGACCCAUAAGAACUUAGACUUGAAAUCGACUGAAAUAACGCCCGACGAAAACGGGACUAUAAAUAACGGACUCAUUAGAGAGAACUCCUUCGAUAAUCCCUCCUUUAACGUCACCUACACCUUCGAGACAGCCAUUUGAGGCAUCCAUACCUCUCAUCCAUUAGAUUAUCGUUGGGUCUACACUCGGAAAUCAUUGAUCGCUUUUAUAGUCAAUAAUUUUUUUAUCGAUUGAUUGUUUUGUUUAAAAUGUUUCAAUUCUAAGUCAUUUGUCAAUUAUUUCAUAAAUUUAUUAGAUUUGCCUCAAGAACUACAAAUGAUUACAAAUAUAAGUCAUAUAGCAUUUGAAUUCAUAUUUUUGGGGUC